CUUCCGACUAAUACACCAUUGAGACACCAUCGUCAUCGAAUACAGUACAAUCUGCCACGUGAUCGAUUUGAUACUUGAUGCUAUUGCAAAUAAGUCUAUUACCACACUGCAAGACCAGUUCAUGCCUCUUGACGGCUACACCUAUCUCACGUCGUAUGGAUGGACAGGGAAAGGCAAUGGCCUUCGCAAGGGUGCCAUUGAAAAGCCCAUCGCUAUCCCGCAAAAAAGAAGUCUUGCGGGUGUAGGCAAGGAUCGCGACGAGGCCUUUCCGUUCUGGGACCACUUGUUUACUGCAGCGUCGAAAGCUAUUACCAUCAAAGUGGCUAGCGACGACGAUGACGACGAAAACGAAAACGAAAACGAUGAAGAUUUAUCCAAAAUUGAACCACCGGAAAUCAAGCGGACAUCUACAGGGAUCAUUUCGAAUAGAAGACCGGUUUUUGGAACCGCAACAUCUGAGUCAACGUCUGGAACUGCUACACCGGAUCCAUAUGUCGGUCCCAAGCUUUCUCUCAUUGCAGCCGCGAAACGCGAGGCCGUGAAGCGUGGUCUGUAUUCUAGAUUCUUCCGCGGGCCUGUCUUGGGCCCCGAUCACGAUCCAAGUACGUGCACAACAACACUUGCAACAUCAACAUCGCCUUCGUUGUCUGCAUCGUCUGAGACCACCCCAGAACCAGUGGAAAAGAAGAGUAAAAGGAGGAGGUUGGAGGGCAACGCGGAGACGAAGGAAGAGAGGAGAGAGCGCAAAAGAAUAAAGAGGGAACGAAAAGAAGCCCGGAGACUGAAGAGAGCAGCAAAAGCGAAAUCUUCUGGAGAUCACGACGUCAAAGUCGCGGGAAUAGAAGAGGGAGAGGAUGCGAGCUCGUUAGAUCGAGGAUCACGUAUGAAGCCCUCAACGAAGAAGAAACACAAACGGGUCAAAGAGGAUAGUCCCGAGGUAGAGCCCGAUUCAGAGAACGAGAUGGCCACGCGAAAAAGACUUGCAGAGGAUAACAGGGCAGCCAUGCAGGAUGAUCUCCCUCGUCACGUCUCUAGCUUAGGCUGCGAGAACCCCGGCGUCGAGCUGAACUUGAAGAAAAAGAAAGGCAAACGGAAGCAUUCCAGUUGACGUUCUG